GAAGUCACCCAAUUGUGACAUGGGCUUGGCUAAGGAGGGAGUGUUCCUGGAGCCCAGAGCCCAUGCCAGGCUCUGACAUCACAACUGGCGGCAGAAUCCUGCUGCGGAAUUCCGUUUCCUAGGAGACCAUUUGAGUUUUUGAAAAGGCUCCUUAGUCAGUUGAAAGUCAGUUGGAAACAGUUGAAAGCCCUUCGGAUUAACUGACUUUGUGGACAAAGUCAGCUAAUCUUCUACCCCCAUGGCACAAUGUGGUGCUGGUUGCACAGAAGGCAAAGUUCAUGGGCAAUAGGCGAGGCAUCCUGAAGAUUCAUGCCCCCAAAAACAUGACCAGUUUUUAAAGAUGCUCUUUGGUCAUUUGACCUUUCUAAAACUCACGCUGGUUAUUACGUGAGCCAGCAAUUUCCCCAGGGAGUUUUUCUGGGAAAUUAUCCGAGUUUCCCUUUUUGGUUUACCGUAAGGUUACCAGAUUUUUUUCAAUGAAUCCGAGGACACUUUUCAACCUCAAAGGAUUUUGUAUGGGGACUGGUUUGUAAAUCCGGGGACUGUCACUGGGAACCAGGGAUGCCUGCUAACAUUAUUUUACCAUCAAAAUUGGAGCAGAAUGACUCUCUGCCUCAGAUGCCAGAUGGGUAUCAGGUGGCCAGGGCAUCUGCCUAUGAAUCUUGAAGCAACCAACAGACUAAAACCCCUGGAAAGCCGCCACUGUGGAGCAAGGCUCUCUGUUGGGGAAAAUGAAGGAUCUCCAGGAGAAAGAGCCGCUCAUUGAGGAGAUCUGGGACCUCCUGCUUUCCCAGUUUGACGUGGGUGCAAGCAAAGAGGACCAGCAGUCCGGCAUCAAAUUCAGCUUGCAGCAGGCCAGGGCCCUGCAGUUCCUGCGGACCAAGCAGCGGAAGGAUGCUCACUUGCAACACUUCAUCCAGAAAAUUGAGAGCUGCCCUGAAUGCCACCACCGCCAGCUAAAGGAUUUCCUUCAGUCUGAGAUGCAGACCUGACCAGCUACUCUCUGCUGCUGAAUAACACGAUCCAGCACACUGAUGGUCUCUCUGAUGGUGAUGUCCAGCCCUUUGUGUGUUUGUGAGAUGGAGGAGAAGCAGUGGAGCGUUACACGGCCUGUGAAUUGCUGCAAAGAGGAACAUCUAGCAAAAACCAGCCGUGUUGAAAUGUCUUCUACAGCAUCUUCUCAUACAAGCACCAAAAAAACCGCCACCCUGUUCCGAUAGCCACAGAUGGCAAGUGCCUAUUUUCCUCCUCAAAACUCUGUGUUGCAGAAGGGAGUUUGGAUCCCCCUGAGGCUAGCCCCAGAGGCCUGUUUAAGCAAGGAAAGCAACUAUUUUGCUAAACACAAAUUCAGAACGGAAAGAAAGUGUACUGAAGUUAUUGUGUUAUUCAGUAGUUGAUCUUAUCCUCCUUGAAGAUGACUCCAUUUGUACGGCAGAAGUUCCUUCUUUGGGGCCAAUAUUUAUUGGGGUCCCC